AGCCAUUGUGGCUGUGGUAACUAGUAACAACCUGUUCGCUCGGGCUUUUUCCGGUAUCGGGCUCGGUUGUGUGCGUUAGGCUCCAUUUGCUAGUGCCACUCGGGCGCAGCUCACUCGCUCGUUCGUUGACACGCCAAAAAAACAACAAAAAAAAACACUGUUGCCAAUUUUAAUCGAUUUUACAACUUGAGGAUUUCUUCAUCCGCUCUCACGGAUAUAAACACCGUAUGCAGGGAUCGGACAGCGCAGGGCUGCAGUGCAGCGUUUGAAACGACCUUAUUCAAAUCACGGGAAGACGGGAAGCGAUUUCCGUGGAUUUUAAUUUUUUUGGGGGAGAUUGUUCAGUUGCUAGCUAGCUAGCUCGGCUCUAGCUCGAAAGCACAAAUUCCCAAGUAUACAUGGGCUAAUCAACCGUUUUUGAUUUCCUCGCUAGCUAGCACACUAACGUUUUAUUAGGCAAGGUGGUGGUUUAGUUACCCGGGUAUUGGAGAAUAACGUCGAGUUUCUAUUUUUAUAAUCAACGGUGCUGGCUAGCUAGCCCGAAAGCUUUAUUUAAAUAUAUAUAUAUUUAACGUUAUAUACGUCAACGAAGGUCAGGGUUCGUGUGUGUGUGGGGGCUAACUUGGCCUGAAGUUGAAGUCUCGGAUUUUAUUUAGUUCAAUAACGUUAUCUGUGUGAUUUCCGUUAACGUUAGUUUGUCAUUGAAUGAAAACCGAGCUAACGAGGUUAUUAGCUAGCUGUCCGUAGCCUUGACACCGCACUGAUAACGUUCGCUUAGAAUAUGUGCUUCCUCAAAUGUAGCAACUACUAGCCGACGUUAAUGUGGUUUGUUUUUCUGGGGGGGGGGCAGGACUUUGCAUUUUAUUAACGCGAACUGUAGCUAGCUAGACAACUCCAUAGCUAACGUUAAUGCUGGUGACUAGCCAUCUGAGACGUAUUUGCUAGCUUGUGUUGCCGGCAGAAAUAGUAUUACCCAGUGAGUUGAAACGGUUGAACUCUGGACCCCCCCCCUUAUUUUCCAGCGCUGUGUUGACAUGGGAAACACACUUGUACGCUAGCUGUCUGGCUAGCUAAUUCAGCGGCUAAUGAAGGAAUCAACUUGUUGAUCACACAGCGUGUGUGUGUCUAACACAGUUAGCUAGUAGACGGUGGUUUUUACCACUGCUAGCUAAAUGAACACAAGAUCCUGAAACUAUUUUUAUUCGUCUUCCUCUCUUCACUUAUUUUCUACAACAUCCCUGAAAAUGUCGGCCAGGACGCCAUUGUUGGCCGUCAUUGAAAAUUCGUCAGGUGGCCAGGACACCAAGGCGGGGGGCCGUCCCAGCAUGCCGCGAUGUCGGAACUCGGUUGCCACGACGGCGGAGGAGACCCCUCACAUCGGUAACUAUCGGUUGCUGAAGACCAUUGGCAAGGGCAACUUCGCAAAAGUCAAACUGGCACGCCACGUCCUCACCGGGAAAGAGGUGGCUGUAAAGAUUAUUGAUAAGACACAACUCAACUCUUCCAGUCUGCAGAAGCUCUUCCGAGAAGUGAGAAUCAUGAAGCUGUUGAAUCAUCCUAACAUAGUGAAGUUAUUUGAAGUGAUUGAGACAGAGAAGACAUUGUAUCUGGUCAUGGAGUAUGCCAGUGGAGGGGAGGUGUUUGAUUACCUGGUCGCUCAUGGGAGGAUGAAAGAAAAGGAGGCACGUGCCAAAUUCAGACAGAUUGUGUCAGCGGUCCAGUACUGUCACCAGAAGUGUAUUGUCCACAGAGAUCUGAAGGCUGAGAACCUACUCCUGGACUCUGACAUGAACAUCAAGAUAGCAGACUUUGGCUUCAGUAAUGAGUUUGUAAUGGGCAGUAAGCUGGACACGUUCUGCGGCUCUCCUCCCUACGCCGCCCCAGAGCUGUUCCAGGGGAAGAAGUACGACGGACCAGAGGUGGACGUCUGGAGCCUGGGGGUCAUCCUGUACACGCUGGUGUCAGGGUCGCUGCCCUUCGAUGGACAGAACCUCAAGGAGUUGAGAGAGCGUGUGUUGAGGGGGAAAUACCGUAUUCCGUUCUACAUGUCUACAGACUGUGAAAACCUACUGAAGAAGUUCCUGAUCCUCAACCCCACCAAGAGAGGCAGCCUGGAGCAGAUAAUGAAGGAUAGGUGGAUGAAUGUGGGUCAUGAAGAGGAGGAAUUGAAACCGUACAUAGAACCAAUGCCUGACUACAAGGACCCCAAGAGAACAGAGAUCAUGAUUCAGAUGGGUUACUCCAUGGAGGAGGUGCAGGACUCGCUGGUCAACCAGAAAUACAACGAAGUCAUGGCCACGUAUCUACUACUGGACUACACCAACCACGAGCUGGAUGAGGGUAUCAUUAAGCCCCGCCCAGGAAAUGAACUCUCGAAAAGUAGCGCCCCGUCCCCGCCCAGCAAGGUACAGCGCAGCGUAUCGUCCAACCAGAAACCUCGCAGAGCCACUGACCAAGGGUCUUCUGCCAGGGGGCGUGGUCAGGGGGACAACAAGGAGGAUUCUGGGAGGAAAGGAUCUGGCAGCUCGGCCAAAGUUUUGACCAGCCCUCUGACUAAGUGUUAUGUUUUGCUGCUCCUAACCAUGCUUAUCCCAUCCACGCCCUGCCCGCCCUCACACACUCCUGUCAUGCAUGUGUGUGUGUGUGUGUCGGGCGGGCGCUCCCCUUCCCCUACCAGCCUGAACACCCCCGGGUCCCGAGCCUCCACCUCGUCUGCUGCUGCCAUCCUCUCCUCUUCCUCCUCUUCCUCCCGUCCCCGCCACCACAAGUCCCUGUCCACCACCAACCACCCCUGUCCGCCUCCCGGCCCUGACUUCCACGCACUGCAUCACCGGCCCAGCACUCCCCACCAGAGACCACCUGGCGCGUCCCCCUCAGCCCACAACAUCAGCAGCUCCGCGGUGACGGACCGGACCAACUUCUCCCGGGGGGUGGCCAUCCGCAGCACCUUCCACGCAGGACAGCAGAGAGGUGCCAGAGACCAGCAGGGUUCUCCGGGGGCGCCAGUUUCCCCCUCCCUCAGCCACGGUAACAGCCAGACCAGAAGACCUGGGGCCACCGGUAUCUUCUCCAAGUUCACCUCCAAAUUCGUACGCAGAAAUCUCUCCUUCAGAUUUCUGAGAAGUCCGUAUGAGGGAGAGGGUCAGGAUGAGGAAAGCAGGUCGAUGCUGAGCAGCACCGUCGACAAAUCAGAGAAGAGCGGCGUCCUAGGCUCCUCCCAUAGCGGCAGCGGAGACGAGAACAAGGAUAACUCCUCCCCUGUUUCCGGUACCGCCACCCCGCCACCGAAGGACCCGUCGACCAAACCGCGUUCCCUCCGGUUCACCUGGUCCAUGAAGACCACGUCCUCGUUGGAUCCCGGGGAGAUGAUGAGAGAGAUCCGGAAGGUUCUAGAAUCCAACAGCUGUGAGUACGAGCUGCGGGAGCGCUACAUGCUGCUGUGCAUCUUCGGGAACCCUUCCCGCGACGACUUCGUCCAAUGGGAGAUGGAGGUGUGCAAGCUGCCCCGCCUCUCACUGAACGGCGUGCGCUUCAAAAGGAUCUCCGGGACGUCGAUCGCGUUCAAGAACAUCGCGUCAAAGAUCGCUAACGAGCUCAAACUGUGAGACGGAGAGAGGGAUGGAGAGAUGAGGGGUUUUACACAUGUGGAUAGAGGAAUGGAGGGAAGGAGAGAAUGAUUCUGCACUGAGAGUAGUGCUGGGUAGGUGGGAGGGGUUUGAGAAGCUAAUGGGUGGAGUGACUGUUCUUCUGGGGGGAGGGGGGGUUCUGUCUAGUUUUUUCCCUCUGUUGAGGUUUGUGUUUUAGAACCUCGCUGGGUUCUCUAGCUGGGGUUCUCGUCUUCUAGAUCCACUGCAUGUUGGUUCUGCCGCUCUCUCUUUUCACCUGGUGGUUGUACACACUCUGCCUCUCUCUCGCUGCCCCACACACUGUACUGUACUGAGGGGAGGCCUAAGUCUGAACACUCCUUCAUACCUGCUCCGAGGCUCUUCUCCUGUCGGUUCUACUUAAAUGGGUUCUAGACUGGGUUACACAGAGUUCUAAAGAGAACAGAGCGGACUGACUUGAUGCUGGAAAUAAACUAACUCAACGCUGGAACGGUUCUCCUGGGUUCUACUGUUCUCUGACCCAAA